AUGGCGGGAACUGAAAAAGAUGGGAUGUCCGAUGAUUUAGCAGAUGUUUCACGCAACAUAAAAGAAUUUUCUGAUGUUGAAGUUGACAGAGCACUGGAGACAUCGAUGCAGGCAAUUUCAAGCUCUAUAUCAAAGAAAAUGGGUAUUCCGUCAAAGCUGAUGCAGGAACUGAACCAGUUGGAACUUGAUAUAGCUACACUGUCUGGAAAUGUAACAAGGAAGAAGGCUCAUUUGAAACAAGUGAAAAGUUGGUUAAGAGAAGAGAGUGACAAAGAUGAACCAUCGUCAACAGCAGAAGUCAUCCAAAACAUUCACAAUCUAGAAGACAUGAUAUUAAGAAUGCAAAAGAUAACUGGAGUUUGUUUUAUGGAUUUUCAAGAGGAGACCCUGAAGAAUGAAGAAAAUCUCACUCAGAAACAUUUUGACAUCAAGGGAGAAUGCAAUGGCCUUGAGUUUGAACUGGAGUUUGAUACAGAGGAAACAUUAAUUAACGAUGAACGAUCAGAAAUUGACAUAAAAGAUUUUGUUGCGAAUGUCCCACAAGAUGUUUGCUUUGAACUAGAGAAGUCACUGGAACGGGUUGUCAAUGAACAGACCGUUGGAGGAUUUUUUCGAUUGAUUAUGCCAUACUCAAAAUGGGAAUCUCAUCGACAGAAAUUAUUGAACCAUUUUGCUGAGAAGUAUCCUGAAUUUGUGUCUGUUUAUACAACGGAGACAAAUCGUACCUUGACGAUUUCGAAUCCCAAGUCAAAACAUGGUCCUGUCCUGAUGAUCAGCUGGGAAUUUAACGAGCAGUCUCUAGACAGAGUAGUUCCAAGAAUUCGACUGGGUGUGGAAGGAACACAGCAAUUGGUGGAUUUAGACAAAAUGAAAGCUUUGGAAAAUGCUCCAGAAAAUUUUGAACUUUUAAUUGAAGAAUUUGGAAUUGAGCGAGCAGUAGAUGUGAUGAUCAAUUUAAUUCAAAUGCAGACUACAGAAACAGUCCAAUAGACAGACAGACAGGGUCCUUGUAAUAAAUGUGAGCUGGUCACUGGAAACUAACCGACAGUCAGGGUCCUGGAAAUAAAUGUC